AUGACGUCACAACCGGAAAAUGACAAGGACUUAGAUUGACGUUUUCUGUGGAGUUGUUUAUGUUUUUAGCGAUACUCAACUACAAAACUUUGAUAUAAUAUGAUAAUAAGAUGUACCGGCCAUGGUACACUGCAAAAGGGCAAACUUUAUUCCUGCUAAUACUACUUCUAAGCAUCAUCUGUGGAUUUGAGGCAACCUUGACUGAUGCUAUUUUUCACGGUCAGACGGAGGUUCUGGUGACACCUGGACUUGUUAGAAAGGAGGGUCUGACGUUGGAUAAAUGUGCAAGUGCAUGUGUUGCAGAAAAAACAAUAAAAUGUCAAUAUUUUAAGUUUAUCAACAAUACAAAGACUUGUUAUCUGUCGGAAACAGAUCAUCCCAGCACCAAACAUGUGAUCAACCAACUCACAAAACCAGGUGGUAUUAAGCCUACCGUUACUUCAUCUAGCAGCAGAAAGUUUGAUGGUCUUGAACAAUCAAUUGACAGAUUGAAAAAUGUACAGGAAAAAGUUGAAAACUUGGAGGAGACGGAUGGUGAAAAAGCGAGUGAAUUGAAAGCUCUGAAGAAACAAUCUGUAAAGCAGGUCAAGGCCAUUGUAAACUUGGACAGUCGUUUGAGCUCACUGCACACGCAAGUAUCCGAUGUUGGCAAUGAUGUGUUAGAUUUAGAGAAAUCGCAAAGAACCAUUGCAAAAAAUGUACAGUUGGUCAGGUCAUCGACAGGAAACUUGGGGUUAAACAUCAAAAGGCUGACACAUCUGGCGGGAGACCUGCAAAGUGAUGUGGAAGAUGUGAAAAUAUUCAACAGCAGCAUCCUUCGUCAGCUCACCAAAGUGUCGCACAAUACAAUGGACCUAGACAGAAAACUCAACAGGCUGUCAACCUACCUACACGAUAAGAGGAUAUUCAACCCUGAUGACAUACUACACACUCAGUUACGGAUCUCUAAAGAUAUGUCCACGAUGGCACGGUCACAUAAGUCAUUUUGGCACCAGUUACGGGGCCUGGAGCACACAGUUGACAUGCUGACCUCAACACUUGGUAGAGAGAGCAAAGGAACUGGAGAAGUAAACAGAGCUGUCCUCAAUCUGCAAUCCUCCAUUCAUAACAUCAAGAUAGCUAUGGCUAAACUUUCUGAUCCAAUGUCCUUUCAAAACAGACGAUGGCAGGGAGAUGUCAGUAGCAUAAAGCAUAUUCUUGUAAAGCUGGCCGGGACCAACUCUAGGCUAGAUGACGAAAUGACGGGUAACAGGCGUGAGGUAGCCACGGUCAUCAAAGACCUGACCAAUGUCCAGAUGGCCGUCCAGAGUCUCAAGUCUAACAUUGACGGAGUCCGAACUAAUAAUGCAGAGCUAGUGGAAUCUGUCCAGGAACUUCUGAAAACAAAGUCGAAAAUUCCAACUAUUCUCGAAAUGACAAAGAUGUCUACAACUAUUUUGAAGUCACUAUCUGCCAUAGACAGGAAGGAGCGGACGCUGAGGUCGAGGAUGCAACAGAUUGGGGACUCGAUGUCAAGUCUGGAGAAGAGAAUGCAAACAAAAGACAACAAUAAUAAACUCGAUAAACAUGCAUUCCUUCAAUUGUCCAAGCAUGUCAAAACUCUCGCAGAAGAUAUGCAGAGGAUCAACAAGUUUGUGGUGAAGAUUGACAAAAAUCAGCCAUCGGCUGAAACAAUGAAAAAAAAUGAAGCUGUUCAGGGAAAGCUUGUCUCAGCUGUAAUCAAGCUUCGGAGGAAAAUGGCAGACAUGGAUUUACAAAUGAAACGCUAUCAAAACUCUGCUCAAAGAUAUGCUGUUAAGAUGGCAAAGACAUUAAUAAGCAAGUCAACAAGCCAAUGGAAAACAUCUUUGAAAGAAUUGAAGUCCGAUCUGAAGGAACUACGUCAAGAAGACAAGUCUACCAAGAGGAAACUGGACAGACUAGAAGAGACAUUUGUAACAACAAAGGCAAAGAUUGAACCCACGCUUAAGUGUCCAAUGGGAACUAUACGAAGAGGACACAUGUGCUUUCCCGCAAAAUUUCCUGGGAAGAAGCCACCCAAAGUAAUGAAGGUGACAGAGAGAAAAGAAAAGAAAAAAGAGAUCAAAGGAAAGGAGAAACAUGUAAAAGGAACGAAAGGAAAGAAGAAACAUGUAAAAGGAACGAAAGGAAAGGAGAAACAACCCAAGCUUAAGUGUCCAAGUGGAACAAGACUAAGAGGAAACAAGUGCCAUCCUAAAACAUAUUCUUGGAAGAAACAUGUAAAAGGAACAAAAGGAAAGGAGAAACAUGUGAAAGGAACGAAAGGAAAGGAGAAACAUGUAAAAGGAACGAAAGGAAAGAAGGAACAUGUAAAAGGAACAAAAGGAAACAAGAAACAUUUAAAAGAAAGGAAAGGAAAGAAGAGACAUUUUAGAGCACGAAAAGCUCCAGGAUUCAUAGGAGGAAGAGAAAGAAGAGAGGUACAUGGGGUUGAUCCACGUGCUGUAAGAAUCCAGCGGGACAGUGACCCAUACACAAAGCAUCCAGUGGCAAAGGCCAAUAAGAAAGGACCAUUCUGUCCCCCUGGAUACCAACUGGUGGACGUCUACUGUUUUAUGUACCUACCCGAGCCCCAGACCUAUGACAUGGCCAAACUACAGUGUCAAAAUCAUGAUGCAGAAGUGCCCGAAAUCUACUCAAAUGAAAUGCAGCUAGCCCUGAAACUAUUCCUUCUAGCAGUGACGCGAGCAGAGGUACCCAGUGUAUGGUUGUCAGCCAUGAUUUAUAACCCGGACGCCAAAAAAUGGUACUGGGAAAAUAGUGGCGACUCCGUUUUUUAUGAAAACUACAUGACGGAUCCACCUGCCGGACGGGAAGGUGAGAUGUGUAACCAGUAUAGGAUUGAGUGGGAUAGCCACUGGUCAGCUAGCCCCUGUAACGAGGACACCAAACUGCCCACUGUGUGCCACCAUCACGUCGACCACAUCCCUCCUUCGACAGAAAAACUGCCUUAUGGACUGUGAUAAAAUUGAAACUGUGAUAAUGAAUAAUAUUCAUCUAUAAUUGUUUUAGACUUAUCAGUAUCUUUUUUUAAAGUUAUUUGUUACAUUCAAUUACCUACAUUUGAUGAUUCCUGCAUUCGUUCUUGUAGCUUUGACAUCUGUUUUAGAAUUUUCAGUGUGAAAAAAAGUCUGUGAUAUGAAAAAUAAAACUGUUGAAUCUU